UUAUCCAAAAUAUAAAUUCUGAAACCGAAGAAGAAGAAGAAGAGAGAGAGAGAGUCCAUUAGACUAGAGAAGGACUCAGAGACGAGUUAAUCUUACCUCGAAAGAAACCCAAAGAGUCAGAGAACCAAAACCAGAGUUGACUCUUCUAAUUCCCGAUCUCAUUUCCUAGAUUCGCUGCAUUUCACUUCCCAAUUAGGGUUUGGAAUUCAGAUCAGAUGGCGGACGGAAGCGGUCACUCGCGCUAUGUGAAGCUGACGAAAGAUCAAGCGCCGCUGCAGGAGGACAUUAAGCCCGGCGAGCUCAAUCAGCCCAUCGAUGUUCCUCAGUUGAAUGUUAAGAAGUGUCAUGAGUGUGGACAACCUUUACCGGAAAGCUUUCAGCCCCCGGCCGAUGAACCUUGGACGACUGGAAUUUUCGGCUGCAGUGAAGAUAGAGACAGUUGCUUGACAGGACUAUUUUGUCCCUGUGUUCAGUUUGGGCGUAAUAUUGAAAACUUAAGAGAUGAUGUGCCAUGGACCACACCAUGCAUUUGUCAUGCCGUUUUUGUUGAAGGUGGCAUGGCUGUUGCAGCAGGAACUGCAAUCUUCCAUGGUGUUGACCCAAGAACUUCAUUUCUUAUCUGCGAGGGUCUGUUGUUUGCAUGGUGGAUGUGUGGAGUGUAUACAGGUCUUGUUCGGCAAUCCUUGCAGAAAAAAUAUCAUCUUAAGAACUCGCCAUGUGACCCUUGCUUGGUGCACUGCUGCCUGCACUGGUGUGCCUUGUGUCAGGAGCACAGGGAGAUGAAGGGUCGCCUUUCAGAAAAUUCUGUUAUGCCAAUGACCGUUGUCAACCCUCCUCCUGUUCAACAGAUGAACAAACCUGCUGAUGACAACGACAACCAGGACUCUGCUGCACCGUCCUCUACUACCAACAAUGGGCAUACUAAUAUAGAAAUGCAGGCAUUGUAGGACUACUAUAUAAGUAUCAUAAUAUUUCAGUAGGGAUUUAUUGUGUUUGAGUUCUUCAUUGUUGUAAAAUGUUCAGAUCGCAUACAUGAGAAGUUAUCAUCUUUGCUCAAAACAUUAUACAAUAUAAAUUAGACGUAAAUCGAAAGAGUUUAUCCC